AUGCCAGAGGAUCGGUGGGUCAAGCUGCCGUUCCAGCGUGGAGUACCGUACCACGGAUCCGCCACCGCACUCGCCGCAACGAGGCGCCUUCGGGAGGUUAUUGCCCAUGACUUACCGUGGGAGGAUCGAAUUGCGGUAUCGAUGUAUGAGCAGGCCGGGGAAUUUAUCAAGAGCUGGGAAGAACUGAAGGAUAUGCAAAUUAGAUUGAGGUCGAGAGGCAAGAACUUGUCACGGGUCGACCAACGAAACAUGGGUUUUUACCACUGGUCGGCCGAGCGAAUCCUCCUCAUGGCAAUUGACUGGGUUUUGGAAAAGGAGGAGCACGAUAACCGUGUAAAAGACGCGAUUAAUAGGGAGCAGGCUCGGAUUCGAAGACAACGAGGCGCUCAGCCUCACCAGCUGGGGCCUAUACUAGUGAAUCGCGGAGCACAGCCGGAAUGA